UGUGGCGGCGAUGAUAACGCCCAACAAGGAUGCAGCAACUAUUGCGGUAGAACCUGCUCAGACAUCGGUAAAGCACCACAUCUCUGUCCACUGUUCUGCAUGUUCAAUGGCUGCGACUGCAGGCCUGGAUAUUACUAUGACUCUAAUACAAAGAAAUGCGUUAAACCCAAAGACUGCACACCCACAUGCCCAGCCAACGAAGAAUAUAGCACUUGCACCAAUGGCGGCUGCGAUGCACGAAACUGCAGUCAACUUGGCAAGCCGGUGCCCUGCAUAAAAAUUGACCCUAAAUAUUGCAUCAAGGGAUGCGUUUGCGUAAAGGGCUACUUGAGGGCCAAAAACGGAACUUGUGUGCCAGAGGAUCAAUGCAAUAACAACCCCCCAAAAUGUCCUAAAAACGAAGAAUACUCGAACUGCAGCACUUGUAUGGUGACACGGUGCUCUGAAUUGGGUUUCCCAUUGAACUGUGAUAAGUGCAAGCCAGGAUGCAUCUGCAAAGGCGGUCUAUUACGAGCUGAUGAUGGCACUUGCAUCCUAUCAGAAGAGUGUCCAUGUAAGUGCCUAGAAAUAUAA